CUUCAUCCACAACAGCCACGACCUCACCUACUUUGCUUACUUGAUCAAGGCUCAGCCCGACGACCCCGAGUCGCAGAUGGCCUGCCACGUUUUCCGCGCCACGGACCCCAACCAGGUUCCUGACGUCAUCAGCAGCAUAAGGCAGUUGUCUAAGGCAGCCAUGAAGGAGGAUGUCAAGCCCAGCAAAGACAACGAAGACGCCUUUUACAACUCCCAGAAAUUCGAAGUCUUGUACUGUGGAAAGGUGACGGUGACCCACAAGAAGGCCCCAUCAAGCCUCAUCGAUGACUGCAUCGAAAAGUUCAGCCUGCACGAACAGCAGCGCUUGAAGCUCCAGGGCGAGCAGCGGGGCGCUGACCCCAGCGAGGACCUGGCUGUCUUCGAGGUGGCAGUGCCAGGGUCCCCUGGAGACUGCCUGCUGGAGGAGGUGGAUGGCACCCACAGCCCCCCGGACUUACCUGCCGUGGCCAGCCAGCCUGCUCUGUCCGGCUCCCGGGUUUGCUUCCCCGAGCGGAUUUUAGAAGAUUCCGGCUUUGAUGAGCAGCAGGAGUUUCGGUCCCGGUGCAGCAGUGUCACCGGAGUGCAAAGGAAAGUUCACGAGAGCCAAAAAUCACAUCCGCGAAGGAGACACGCCAGCGCACCCAGUCACGUACAGCCCUCGGAUUCCGAGAAGAACAGAACAAUGCUCUUUCAGGUCGGGCGAUUUGAGAUUAACCUUAUCAGUCCAGACACUAAAUCAGUUGUGCUAGAAAAGAAUUUUAAAGACAUCUCCUCUUGUUCUCAGGGUAUCAAGCAUGUGGAUCACUUCGGCUUCAUUUGUCGGGAGUCUCCAGAGCCUGGACUGAGCCAGUACAUUUGUUACGUGUUCCAGUGUGCCAGCGAAUCUCUGGUUGAUGAGGUAAUGCUGACUCUGAAACAGGCUUUCAGUAUGGCCGCUGCCCUGCAGAGUGCCAAGACCCAGAUUAAGCUGUGUGAGGCCUGCCCUAUGCACUCUUUGCAUAAGCUCUGUGAAAGGAUUGAAGGUCUCUACCCUCCAAGAGCCAAGCUGGUGAUACAGAGGCAUCUCUCAUCUCUGACAGAUAACGAGCAAGCCGACAUCUUUGAAAGAGUUCAGAAAAUGAAGCCAGUCAGUGACCAGGAAGAAAAUGAACUUGUGAUAUUACACCUGAGGCAGCUGUGUGAAGCCAAGCAGAGGACACACAUGCACAUUGGAGAAGGCCCCUUGACUAUUUCAAGUAGUACAAUUCCGGAAAAUGUGACAAGCGGUGGAAGGUUCAAACUUGACAUUCUGAAAAAUAAAGCCAAGAGAUCCUUAACUAGCUCCUUGGAAAAUAUCUUCUCAAGGGGGGCUAACAGAAUGAGAGGUCGACUUGGAAGUGUGGAUAGCUUUGAACGCUCCAACAGUCUUGCUUCAGAGAAGGACUAUUCACCAGGGGACUCUCCACCAGGGACGCCGCCAGCCUCCCCACUGUCCUCAGCUUGGCAGACCUUCCCUGAAGAGGAUUCUGACUCCCCGCAGUUUCGGAGACGGGCACACACGUUCAGCCACCCACCUUCAAGCACCAAGAGAAAGCUGAAUCUACAGGAUGGGCGGGCUCACGGGGUGUGCUCCCCCUUGCUGAGGCAGAGCUCCAGCGAGCAGUGCAGCAUUCUUCCGUCAGUCCGACGCAUGCACAAGGAGAGUAAUUCUUCCUCCAGUCUUCCAAGUCUUCACACUUCCUUCUCUGCCCCUUCCUUCACUGCCCCCUCUUUCCUGAAAAGCUUUUACCAGAAUUCAGGUAGACUGUCCCCACAGUAUGAAAAUGAAAUCAGUGAUGGAGAAGGCAGAAAAAGGACCUCUUCUACCUGCAGCAAUGAGUCCCUAAGUGUCGGGGGAAGCUCUGUCACUCCUCGCCGAAUCUCGUGGCGGCAGCGCAUCUUCCUCAGGGUUGCUUCUCCCAUGAACAAAUCUCCCUCAGCAAUGCAGCAGCAAGAUGGACUGGACAGGAACGAGUUGCUGCCACUGUCCCCUCUCACUCCAACCAUGGAGGAGGAACCGCUGGUUAUAUUCCUGUCUGGUGACGAUGACCCAGAAAACGUUGAAGAAAGAAAGAAGUCAAAAGAACUGAGGAGUUUGUGGAGAAAAGCUAUACACCAGCAAAUCUUGUUGCUUCGAAUGGAAAAAGAAAACCAGAAACUUGAAGCCAGCAGAGAUGAACUCCAGUCCAGAAAAGUUAAAUUAGACUACGAAGAAGUUGGUGUAUGUCAGAAGGAGGUCUUAAUAACCUGGGAUAAGAAGUUGUUAAAUUGUAGAGCUAAAAUCAGAUGUGAUAUGGAAGAUAUUCAUACUUCACUUAAAGAAGGAGUUCCGAAAAGUCGACGAGGAGAAAUUUGGCAGUUCCUAGCUUUACAGUACCGUCUCAGACAUAGAUUGCCCAAUAAACAGCAGCCUCCUGACACAUCCUAUAAGGAACUUUUGAAGCAACUCACUGCUCAGCAGCAUGCUAUUCUUGUGGACUUAGGACGGACAUUUCCUACUCACCCUUACUUUUCAGUACAGCUUGGGUCAGGGCAGCUGUCACUCUUUAACCUCCUGAAAGCCUAUUCUUUGCUGGACAAAGAAGUGGGUUACUGUCAGGGGAUCAGCUUUGUGGCUGGGGUCCUUCUUCUGCACAUGAGUGAAGAGCAAGCCUUUGAAAUGCUGAAAUUCCUCAUGUAUGAUCUCGGCUUUCGCAAGCAGUAUAGACCCGACAUGAUGUCACUACAGAUUCAAAUGUACCAGCUGUCCAGGCUUCUUCAUGACUAUCACAGAGAUCUCUACAAUCACCUUGAAGAAAAUGAAAUCAGCCCCAGUCUUUAUGCUGCCCCCUGGUUCCUCACAUUAUUUGCUUCUCAAUUUUCGUUAGGAUUUGUGGCCAGAGUUUUUGAUCUUAUUUUUCUACAGGGAACUGAAGUUAUAUUUAAGGUUGCACUCAGCCUACUGAGCAGCCAAGAGACACUUAUCAUGGAAUGUGAGAACUUCGAAAAUAUUGUCGAAUUUCUUAAAAACACGCUACCUGAUAUGAAUACCGCUGAAAUGGAAAAAAUUAUUACCCAGGUUUUUGAGAUGGAUAUUUCUAAGCAGUUACAUGCUUAUGAGGUGGAGUAUCACGUACUGCAGGAUGAGCUUCAGGAAUCUUCAUAUACCUGUGAGGACAGUGAACCUUUGGAGAAGCUGGAGAGGGCCAAUAGCCAACUGAAAAGACAAAACAUGGACCUCCUGGAAAAAUUACAGGUUGCUCAUGCUAAAAUCCAAGCCUUGGAAUCAAACCUGGAAAGUCUUUUGACCAGAGAGACCAAAAUGAAGACUUUAAUCCGGACCCUGGAACAAGAAAAAAUGGCUUAUCAAAAGACAGUGGAGCAAAUCAGGAAACUGCUGCCAGCAGAUGCCCUCGCUAAUUGUGAGUCACUGCUCAGAGACCUCAACUGCAACCCCAACAACAAAGCCAAGACAGGAAAUAAGCCAUAAUUUACGAGGUGCCAUCUCAGCAGACAGUGCUCCUAGCUUUGACAGGAAGAGCCCGCAUGCUGCUGGCCCAAGGCUGGACCUGAUGCCGGUGCAACCGCCUGACCCUGGUGCUGAGCCCCCCUCGUCAUGGCAGGCGGGCCUCGCAUUCAUCAGAGCAUGCCAAUACCAAGCCAUUGUACAUAUGGAGACUGGUUUUGGUUGUUGUUACUAUGGACAUGUAUACAAAAGGGACAUAGAGAGUUCAAGCUUCCAGGUGAAAUGAGUAGAUGUAUAUUUAGAGCCAUUUUUUUAGUCAGAACAUUAUGAAAUCCACACCAAAGGGAAGUUAACAUGAAAUUCUCCCUUGGACACAUGUGAAACCUUUUUGUCUUUAUAGUGAAACAAAGCUAGAGCAUCUUUGUAUAUUGAAAUAUACUUGAAAAAAAUGAAUGUAUUUUUUUCUCCAAAGAACAGCAUGUUUCACUCGAUGGUGGAAAAGUGAAAACGUGUAUGUAACUUUACAUGUACCUGUCUUAGAAUCUACUGACAUUGUCUAUGUGAGGAAAAUGACAUUGUGAGUCAUGCUCCUAUGAGUUUUUCAGGUGGGGAGGGGCUUUUCUCUCUGCCUGCUUUGUGCCAACUAGCAUGUUGCAUCUACAUGCAUUUUGAGUCUGAUUAGGCAUUACUUUAUAAUACUUAAGGAGAAAGCAGGACAUGGUGGCCGAGCCUACUCAGCUCAAGGUAAAGGGAAUGAUGCUAAUUUUCUAGCAAAUUAGACCAGCACUGUUACUCAAGCUAAAAAUAUUACACUUUACACAUUUAAUUUAGGACCCAAAUUGUCUAGAUUUGCUUUCUAUCUUUUUUUUUUAAUGACUCCUAUGGUUGUGAAUGGAUUCCCCUUUACUUAGGACAAC